GCCAAACAUAAACAGAGGCCUUCCGCCUUCACUGUCGGCAGCAUAACUACCUUAUCCCACCGACCCGCUCCUUCGCUUAGGUCUCCGACGGCAGCGAGGCGAUGGCGGCGCCUGUGACGGUGUACGGGCCGGUGAUAUCACCGGCGGUGGCGCGAGUGGCGGCCUGCCUCCUGGAGAAGGACGUGCCGUUCCAGAUCGAGCCGGUGGACAUGUCCAAGGGAGAGCACAAGUCCCCUUCCUUCCUCAAGCUCCAGCCCUUCGGCCAGGUUCCUGCCUUCAAGGACCACCUCACCACUGUCUUUGAGUCAAGGGCCAUUUGCCGUUACAUAUGCGACCAGUACGCAGACCGUGGCAACCAGGCCCUCCUUGGCAAGAAAGAAGAUGGUGCGGUUGGCCGGGCUGCCAUUGAACAAUGGAUAGAGGCUGAAAGCCAGAGUUUUAACCCACCAAGCUUGGCAAUGAUCUUCCAGCUUGCAUUUGCACCAAUGAUGGGCAGGACCACUGACAUGGCCGUGGUUGAGCAGAAUGAAGUGAAGCUUACUAAGGUGCUUGAUGUGUAUGACCAACGGCUUGGGGAGAGCCAGUACUUUGCUGGUGAUGAUUUCUCCCUGGCCGACCUUGUGCACUUGCCCAAUGCCGAUUUCCUUGUGAACAGGACCAACAAGGCUGGGUUGAUCACUGAGAGAAAGAACCUGGCUAGGUGGUGGGAUGACGUUUCGACGCGUCCUGCAUGGAAGAAGGUUAUUGAGAUGCAGAGCGCACCAAGGCCCUCUUAGAGUCUUCUUUGUUUUUUCUUUGAGCACCUUGUGAUGGCAAUUAGUUGCAUUCUUCUUGUUUUGUCAUCAACUUGGUCCGGUUUGUACCAUUUCAUGUUCUGCAAUCCAUCUUUGUGCUAUGGUUGAUUAUAUGUAUGACUCAAUUUUCGUUUAUGAUCCUUGACUUUAUCCAUGCUUGUACAAUUAUCCAUAUGGUUUAGCAAUCAAGACAAUGAAUGGCCUGAUUCUGUUGCAAA